CGGGGAGGCUGGAGGAAAGGCACUUCCGAGAGAUCGAUGUCCACGCGUCCAAAGGAAGGUGAGGAAGUCUUGUUGAUGUCCAUUCCCGGAUAAUCAGAAUCAAUUUCUCCUCAUAAAACAAGCAUAUAAAAAUACUUGUCGAGAAAAUGGUACGUCAACAUGACCUCUCGAUAAAAUAAGUCACAAGUCAAGUACAACUUCGAACGACAACAGAUAAUAACAAAACCGUGUGUAUAUUUCUCUCGAUGACGCCAGUAAUUCAGCAGUAUUUGCGCUGUGAACACCCUCAUUAAUAAUCCAAUCGAAUAAUUAAAGUUAAUUAACAAAAAUGAAAGCAAAAAUUGUGGCAUGUCUGAGCAUACUCUUCUCGUUAUCACUUGUGCAUUCAAACGAGGAUGUGAUAUGCAGCAAAAUCCAAGGUGCCUUCAAUGUCUGUAAAUUAAAUAGUGUGUUGAUUCAUGUGAACGAGACGAUUACCGAAGCGGGUCUGCAAAUAACGGACUCGAGUCUCACGGAAAUCGCGGCGCAUGCGUUCCAGGACUUGACGAUAGCCGAACUGAAGCUAGAUUUGAAGGGCAGUCAUCUGGAAAUUCAGCCCAGCUCGUUCGAAGGUCUGCAACGUGUCGAUACUCUCGUCAUAUCCUCGGCAAUCCUAUCUUUGGAACCCGACCUGUUCAAAGCUCUCCCGCUCCUAAAUUCUCUCUCGAUAACAUCUUGCAAGAUCGCGGAAUUGAAAGGAGCAUUCAGUGGUCUAUCAAAACUGGAAAGUCUCUACAUAAAUUAUAAUAAUCUCUCUUCCGUGGAUGUCGAUACAUUCCACGGGGCACGUGAUUCAGUGCUAUAUCUGUGGUUGAAUAACAACGAAAUUUCCGGGAUUGACCCGAGAUCAUUCAGUCCUUUUUCGAAACUGCGGAGACUCCAGCUCAGCCACAAUCAACUGACUGCCAUCAAACCAGAGACAUUUCACGGAUUGGAUCAACUGAAUGAGUUGUUCCUGGGUCACAAUCGCCUGUCGGUUAUCGAAAAGAACGUUUUUAAUUCCUUGAAACAACUCACUAGACUCGAUCUGAGUCACAACCAAAUAAGCAGCAUCGAGGAUGGAGCCUUUGCGAGCCUCUCCCUCACAUUCCUCAACUUGAGGGAUAACAGACUGAGGGUCAUUACCGGUGGGAUAUUUUCUGCUGCUUCGGUAUCAGAACUGAAUUUAUCGAACAAUGAUGUCAGGAUCGUUGAAGCCGGUGCAUUCAGGGACUCGAGAGUUGAAAUAGUUUUUUUUAAGGGUAAUAGGGCCCCGAUGAAUAGAUCGAUUUGGGGACUGCCCGAGUCAUCAGAUGUUCGCACCGACGAUGGUUGAGGAUGUGAAACUAUUGUCUAUUGAUUUAUUUAUUUAUGAGAAGUAACUCAGGAAAAUGUUUGGAUUAAUGUAAAUAAAUCUCUCGUUUAUUGAAUGUU